AUGAAUCGCCGACUAAACGAAAAUCAUAUUGCGCAAAUUAUAAACGAUUUUAGUGACUCGGAAAGCGAAGGCAUAGGAGACACGACUCAAGAGAACAUUUUGGAAGAAGUAGCGUCUGAAAUAGAGGAAAGCGAUGAGUCUUCCGCCGCUGAGUCCGCAGAAGAUACAACCAGUAAUAGUUUUUACGGUAAAAACCGGUUUAAAUGGAGCAAAACUCCUCCACAUUCAUCUCGUAUUAGACAGCACAACAUUAUCGAAGAGCGCGCGGGUUUGAAAGGGCCUGCUCUUUCUAAGAAUGAAAUGUCACCAAUAGAAACAUGGGAACUAUUGCUUGCUGAUGAUAUAAUCCAACUUAUAGUGCAGUAUACUAAUCAAAAGCUAGAAGCUAAAUAUAUUUCACCACUGAUACGACCUUACUAUGCCAAAAACAUAGAUAGUUGUGAGUUGCGAGCUUAUUUUGGAUUACUUUUACUUACUGCAAUUUUCAAGUCAAAUCACGAAGAUGUUAGAUCAUUAUGGGCAUCUGAUUACACUGGUAGAGACAUAUUUCGUGGCGUAAUGGGAUUGAACAGAUUUUUGUUCAUUCAUUUCAAUAUCACAUUUGAUGACCUUAGCACACGGGAACAAAGGAAGUCCACUGACAAACUGGCUUUGAUAAGCGAAAUGUUUGAUAAAUUUAUCCAAAACUGCAGUAACAACUAUACUUGCUCGGAAUAUUUAUGUAUAGAUGAAAUGUUGGUGAAAUUUCGUGGUAGAUGCUCGUUCAGGAUGUUUAUCAAAAGCAAGCCUGGAAAAUAUGGGCUGAAAAUUCAAUGCAUGUGUGAUGCAAAAACCCACUACUUGUACACAGGAAAGCCUCUAAUACAAAGAAAUUCUUCACAAUCCGUACCAACUCAGGAUGUUUUGAAGUUGACUGAACCGGUGUAUGGAUCAAAUAGAAAUAUCACUGGAGAUAGUUGGUUCACUUCGAUUGAACUAGUGGAUCUUCUCUUACAAAAAGGACUCACAUAUGUUGGCACCAUACGAAAAAAUAAACGAAAAAUUCCACGUGAGUUUCUCCCCAAUAAGACAAGGCCCGUGGAAUCUUCCUUAUUUGGAUUUGUACGUGACAAAACAUUGGUAUCACACGUACCAAAAAAGAACAAGAGUGUAGUUCUACUUUCAUCAAUGCACCAUAAAAUAUCAGUUAAUGAGCAGUCCAAAAAGCCGGAAAUCAUAGAAUUUUAUAACAGCACUAAAGGAGGAGUAGAUGCCUUGGAUUUGAAAUGUUCAAAUUAUUCAUGCUCACGUCGAACACGGAGAUGGACAAACGACGCAAUUUUUGGUGCUAUAAUGAAUGUUUCAAUUGCUAAUGGUUAUGUUCUCUGGGUUCUAUCCAAUCAAAAUAAGGAAAAGAGCCGACGAAAAUACAUAAAGUCUAUUGCAAUGUCUCUUAUAAAGCCACACAUUUGCCAAAGACUGGAAAAUAAUACUAACUUGACCAAAGAUGUAAGAGCGAUAAUGAUCAAGUUGAUCGACAAAGAGCAGACUUUGCCUAGCUCAGAUGAACCUGGUCCUAGUGCCCCAAAAAUUAAGCGAAGAUGUUAUAGUUGUCCCAGAUAUAAAGAUAAAAAAAGUACUAUUGUCUUGAUUCAAACUACGACCAGACAUUUAUACAGAAUACAGGAGAUAAUUAAGAAUGAAAAAUUAAUAGAUUUUACUGAAACUGAAACAAAUUCCAUCAAUUACCCUUACAACACACCUGAACUUUAUGAGGCUCUUAGAUUAACGUUACUUAUUAAAACUACAUAUGGAUUGAUAAUAUCUUCCCUUGCUGGUGCGAUGCCGUGA